GUCGUCUGCCAUCUUACGCGGGCAGCCCCACCGGAGGGAGAGCGGGUCCAGCCCCGCCUGCGACGGCGAGUCCUUGCGCGGGCCGCGGGCAUUGCGCGGCGUUGGCACGGCCCUGCCGCGGCGGUGAGGGGCUGGCGGGGAGCGAGGCUGGGCCGGGGGAACGGGAACGCGGGCGGUGAAACGCGUGGGGCCUUUCCUCCCGCAGAGCUGCAAACCCAUCAGUUUUCCUGCGAGGGGCAUUCAGCUCUUGCUGUCAAGUCACCCUCUUGAGAUAAAGUGAUUUUAUUGUUAUACGAUACCUAGGGGGGUAACUUCCCAACAUCUUCCCGGUUUUUGGUUCUUCAACGUUUAAACAUGCACAGUUGCACCUUCCUUUCUCUUCAUUGAUAAUUUAACUAGAGUUAAACUUUCAACCGCCGGGAACCACGUUUUGGAGUAACAGCAGGUUAAUAUGCAAGCUAAGCUGUGUGUACCAGUUGUUAGGAAACAGCUUUAGUUUUACUGUUUCUUCUCAUCUGAUUUACCUAAUGAAUCAAUCUCAUUUCUAUGAAAGAGAGGAAGUUUUGCCUGCAGUUUAUGUUACGUAUACUUCACAUACACAGUGUAAAUGAUCAGCAGUUUGGGAUUUUCAGGAAUUUCAGGUUGACUAUCAAGAAAUGAAGGUUAGGAUGUCAUGUGUUGGACUGCGAAAUCUUCUCCAAGGGCUGAGCUUCAGUGUCAAAUACUACUCUAAGCAUAACCAUCUUCAAACAAUAUGUCUUUAUAGUAAAAUACAACAAAAAAAAUGCCACAUCCUGGACUGUUCAGGAAGCACAUGCACACAUAAGACUCUGCCAGCUGGAAACAUCCUGCCAUGGAGAUUAUUUUCCUGCAAGGAAGGAACAAAAAUCCCUUCCAAAAGGAUGCAAAAUACAUCCAUAAUAACAUCAGAGCCUUUGUACAAGAAUCUUCUGAAAUCAGAGCAGGAAAACUGGAAUGACAUUUCAGCAAGAUACAAAGCCAUGACAGAAAGAAUCAAGGAAAAAUUAGAAGAAUUGCACAAGUAUACGUUCAAUUCAGUAAGCCCAAGGAUCAGGUUUGGAGAGAAUGUGUACUUUGAAGAGAAUGGCUAUAUAUUUCUUUCAAAAGCAGAUGAUGUAGAUGAAGGAAAUGUUGACGUUUUAUUCAGUACCAAAGAUCUUGGCUUUUCUGAUGCCUUUAUUCAACGGAUCAGAAUUUCACCAGAUCAGAGAUACAUGGCCAUCAGCUUCAAAAGUGAAAAUUCUGAAGAGGCAACCUGCGUUAUUAUGAAACUUGAUCAUUCUCCUGUCGUGGAAGAAGUAAUUCCAAGUGUAUUCAGUUUUGAAUGGGCUACAAAUGAUGUUCUGUAUUACACAAGUCAGAAGAACCUUAAAUGCCAGAACGUGUUUAUGACAACUUUCACUGAUCAGAAACAUACUAAGUUAGUUUAUACAGAACAAGAUGCAAGAUUCUUUGUGGACAUAUAUUGCACAAAAGAUAGACGUUUUCUCACUAUCAACAGCAACAGCAAGACGACGUCGGAAGUUUGGCUGAUUGACUGUAGACAUCCUUUUAAGUUACCUGCUCUUGUACAAGCACGAACAAAAGGAGUAAUUUACCACAUUGAGCACAGAAAUGACGAGUUAUAUAUUCUUACUACGUACGGAGAACUUGCAGAAUAUAAGUUGAUGAAGGCACCAGUGGCUUCCAGUGGCAUGGAGAACUGGCAGUUAGUUUAUGCACUGGAAAAGAAAACCAAGCUAGUAGACUUGGAGAUGUUUACUGAUCACUGUGUUAUGUUCCUGAAGAAUGCUGGUCAUCUUUACUUAAAUGUGAUUUCUUUUGUUUCACAUUUAGUUCAGUCAAUAGAGCUACCUACAUGGGCCUGUGAAUUUGAAUUGGAAUCGCAUCCUGAACAUACCACCAGCACUUGCUAUUUUCAGCUCACCUCCCCAGUACACCCCCCUAAGUGUUUUGCAUAUUCAUUUAAAGAAAAUAAUCUCAUUGAACAAGCUGUGCAAGAGGUACCAAUUAUUACGAAUUGUCACACUACACGUUUACUAGCUAAAAGCAAGGAUGAAACUUUGGUGCCAAUUACAGUUUUUCAUAGUAUGAAUUCUAAAGAGCUACACAGGAAACCACUUCUAGUUCAUGUAUAUGGAGCUUAUGGCAUAGAUUUGAACAUGAGCUUUAAAGAAGAGAAGCUGAUGUUAAUUGAAGAGGGUUGGAUAUUAGCAUAUUGCCAUGUUAGGGGUGGAGGAGAGCUAGGUCUUAGCUGGCACAAAGAUGGAUGUCAGUAUAAUAAACUCAAAGGUCUCCAUGACCUUAAGGCUUGCAUCAUGCUGCUGCAUCAGCUAGGAUUUUCUCAGCCAAAAUACACAGCACUAGCAGCUGCCAGUGCGGGAGGAGUUCUUGCAGGAGCGCUGUGCAACACUGAUCCGGAACUUAUCAGAGCCAUGGUUUUACAGGCUCCUUUUGUAGAUGUUCUAAAUACAAUGAUGAAAACUCAUCUCCCACUGACAAUUGAAGAACAGGAAGAAUGGGGAAAUCCAUUAGCAGAUGAAAAAUGUAUGAAGUAUAUCAAAAGCUAUUGUCCAUACCAGAAUAUUAAGCCACAGUGUUAUCCUUCAGUUUUUAUCACGGCAUAUGAAAAUGAUCAACGGAUACCACUAACAGGAGUUUUACAAUAUGUUCAGAAACUUAGGAAGGCUGCACUAGAUCAUGCCAGCAGAACAAGUAAGAAAGUGAUCACUAGCUUCAUUGUUCCAGGAAAUUGGAUCCCUAGUAUCAUCUUAGACAUCCAGGCAAAUGGCAAUCAUUGUGAUUCAUCUUGGGAGGAUUCAAUGAAUGAGGUUGCAAGACACCUUGCUUUUCUGAACAAAGAACUUGAGGAAGUAUGCCAUCUCCAACAUCAUACGAAAUCUGGCAAAUAGCUAAUAAACACAUUGAUCACCUGAA